GAGAAUGAACCUAUAACAGUAAUGCCGACUCACUAAUUUUUCACUAAGUGUAUUUUCUGCAUGGAAAAGCAGAGAGCAAGUUACAAAAAUGGCGGUAGUAUCUAUUAUGAACAAUCAGUCUCGGUACAGGAGACCUGUAAGUCGCCCAGACCGCCUGAACGAAAACGACGGGGAAUUGUGGCUCUUCCAGUCACCUGAUUCCAGCAGGAAAUUUCGAGACAGCGAUGGAUCUGACAAUGAGUUGGCCUUAGAAGAUUUGGUGACAUGCUGUGUGGACGGGUCCUCUCCCCAUAGCUGUUCAUUGCAAACUUGUGAAAGGGUUACUAUCAACGUCAGUGGGCAGUAUUAUGAAAUAUGGGCCUCCAUUCUUAAUAAACACCCGACAACUCUAUUAGGAAAUCCUCGGAAACGGAUACGAUUUUUCGACAAGGAUAGAGGUGAAUAUUUCUUUGAUCGUCAUAGACCUACGUUUGAAUCUAUCUUCAACUAUUAUCAAUAUGGCGGAAAAAUUCGACGCCCGGAGCCAGUACCCGAUGAUAUUUUUCUCAGGGAGUUAGAUUUUUACCAAAUAGAAAAGGAAAAAAUCGAGAUAUACAAAAAGGAGGAAGGUUAUGUGUCUGAAAAAAUGGAAUUGCCAGAAAAUCCUUGUAAACGCAAGAUUUGGUUGCUAAUGGAAUAUCCUGAGACGUCAUUUGCUGCCUACGUCAUCGCCAUCGUUUCCGUUGUUGUGACCGUGCUUUCAAUUAUUCUAUUCUGUGUGGAAACUGUGCCGUCAUUAUCAAGUCACGACUGCAUUGACGGGAAACCUAAUUUCGCCGAUCCUUACUUUAUACUGGAGACGAUUUGCACAGCAUGGUUUACCUACGAAGUAUUUAUUCGCCUUUUCUCGUGCCCGAAUAAAAUCAAAUAUUUUAAAGAUUUCCAAAACUUAGUAGACAUUACAGCUGUUAUCCCCUACUAUGUCACGCUGUCAAACCUUCUCUCCCCAAGUGGUUGUGACAGCGAUUCAGCGGGAACUUCCCUUGCCUUUUUAAGAGUGAUCAGAUUGGUUCGAAUCUUCAAACUGACAAAACAUUCUGCGGGUUUACAAGUUUUGAUAUUAACCUUCAAAGCUAGUAUCGAAGGCCUUUUAUUAUUUUUGGUGGCCAUUGUCGUGUGUAUUUUGCUAUUCUCCAGUGCUAUCUACUUUGCGGAGCAAAGUCACCCCGAGUCACAAAUUACUUCUAUUCCGGAUGCCUUUUGGUGGGCUGUGAUCACAAUGACAACGGUGGGAUAUGGGGAUAAAUAUCCUGUAGGAAUUCUGGGAAAGAUCAUAGGAUGUAUUGCUGCCUUGACCGGGGUUUUGACUCUGGCGAUACCAGUGCCGAUUAUCACAGAAAACUUCAACAAGUUUUAUGCCCACAAAACAGGACGAGCUUGGGAAUUUGAUUUUGACAACACCAUAGUCGUGAUCUUUAUCCGGCUGAUUAACAUGCCAAAUUCAGACCACUUGGUUGCCAAAUAUGAAAAGCUUAAUUCAGACUCUGUCGAAAACUUUCAGGAGAAACCAAAAAAGAAUCGAUAG